CCUCUCAAUCUGAGUCUCUAGCGGGCGACUAACCUCCACCGGAGUAAACAGAUUGAGGCCUUAACAAACAAAACCUCCACUACCGGAGUAAAUCCGGUACAGAAUAGUGAGUUGGCUCCUCGACUAAAGUCACCAACUCCCUACCUUCAAUCAAGGAUUCUCCAUCAACCUAGGCAGAUAUUCUCAUUCUAGGUUAAAGCAGAAACAACAGGAAUUUGAUCAGGAUUCAAGUCAUUCAAUCAUUCAAAUCUCAAUCGAAUAUAAUCAAUCAUAGAAUCAGUACUUGGGUUCAUACAAUCAAAGCCUAACAUACAAAUCUAGGGUUCUCCAUACCCAGAUGAAUGGGAGAACUACUCCAUGGAGAAGAAAGCAAAAGCAGAAUCAGACACGGAAUUCAUACUGUGAAGGAUGGAUUCCUGCUCCUGGACGUUGAUUGGCACUCCUCCAAGCUCAAGCUGGCCUCCAAUGGUGUUGAAGAUCAAUCUAGGGCACUUGGAGACUCUUGUUCGUCGCUUUCUCUCUCUAGGAAUCGUUCUCUCUCUCAAAAACUCGAAUCCCCUUCUCUUUGGCUGAAAAUCUGCUUAAAAAGGCAUCAGUGGCCAAAGCACGGUCGAGGACACGGCCGUGCUUUGCCUGAGUCCGCCCGUGUCUCGGCCAGGGUUAAUUACACGGCCAGCAGUUGGGAGGAAACACGGCCGUGCUUCGCGUUGGAUACGGCCGUGUAAUGCUUGAACACGGCCGUGCUUUGUCUCGGCCCUGCCCGUGUAAUCAGCUCAGCUCUCGGCAUAAAAAGCACGGCCACAGGAACACGGCCGUGUAAUGCUUUAGGCUGCCCGUGUUUUGGCUCCAGCUUGACGAAAUGACUUCCGAAUGCCCCGAAACUCGCGGUUAGCCUUCCCUUUGACGCCUGGGACCUGAAAUAUGACAAAAUAGCACAACCCGGCGUAAAAUAGGCCAAAACACACGACUAUGCCCCUCAAACGGAUAAGAACUAGGGGCGCAAAUAUGUGCAAUUACAUCGUUAUCAGUUAGCUAGCAACUAAAUCUCUCAUAAGUAUUUAUUUGGUGAUUUGAUAAUUCGACUUUCAUAUUUUUUUAUUAUUUUAAUUGUAUUUUAAUGAUUAGUUUAUAUUUCAAUGUAUGUUAUAAACAAAGGAUAACUUU